AUGAGCUUCCAUGCGCACAGGAUACAGCAAAUUCUCAGCGAACCAUGCCCUUCGGAGACCGAAUGGUUAUAUGGCAGUUAUCUAGUGUGGGUAUACUUUCCCGUCUCUGCUGGGGAGAUGAUAUCUGGGAUCUGGGUCAUAAGGCAUCUGGGAGGUCCAGCAUCAGUGGCUGUUUAUACAACGCUGGGACGAUCAUGUAUUUUCAGAUCUUACCUAAGACCUGAAUGGCGGUCCGGUGUAACAGUCCAACGCCUCAAUGGAAGCUCAGAUGGAGACGUCAUCUCCUUUUAUUACAACGACCUACGACCGCAAUCCUCGGAACGAGAUUUGCGACUGGCUAUUGUCAGCAAGGGAUUGGGUAGGAACGACGUACCUGAAAACCCACCUUGGCCAAAAAGCGAAUUUCCAGACGAGUUAAGAGCCUAUGGGGGACAAUGGUUUCAUUCCAAAGCUACCCUACAGGGUGUCCAAUCCGUUGAUAUCUGCAGACACAGAACAAAAAAAUACUGUCUAGGCAUUUUGCUUCACUACAAGAACCGCACAAGAGAGGUGUUAGGCCAAUGGCGCGUUGACCAGGUCAUCGAAACUAUGACUGAGGAUUCCGUUCCUCAUCUGAUACGCUUCCAUCGGGGCUAUGACAUGAGUACACCAUACGUGAGGGAAAUCUGUUUCAAGCAAGCAGCAGAUCUCCAAGGAUGGACAACAUUUCGCAUGCACGGGCACUUGGUAUGGUGGUUUAAUGAGGAAGGGGGUCUUAUAAGACAUGAGGCUUGA